AUGGCUGCAUCACCAGCGGGGUCGGGGGUGAGCGCCGGCCCGGAGGAGAGCCCCACGGGUCUGAGCCCAGCCCCUGGCAAGGCGCUGAGCCCCGUGCUGCUGUGCAAGGUGUGUGGGGACACCAGCAGUGGGAAGCACUAUGGCAUCUAUGCCUGCAACGGCUGCAGUGGCUUCUUCAAGCGCAGCGUCCGCAGGAAGCUCAUCUACAGGUGCCAGGCGGGGACAGGGCUGUGCCCGGUGGACAAGGCUCACCGCAACCAGUGCCAGGCCUGCCGGCUCAAGAAGUGCCUGCAAGCCGGCAUGAACAAGGACGCUGUGCAGAACGAGCGCCAGCCCCGCAGCACGGCCCAGGUCCGGCUGGACAGCAUUGAGCUGGAUGCUGAGCUGCCCCCUGAGCACGUGGCCACCACUCGUGAGGUGCCACCAAGCCCCUGCCCAGCUCCUCGCGGUCCCAGUGCCACCGCUGCUGUCACCCCUGGUCCCCAGGCUUCCACACCACCCACCAACCAUCGCUUCAUGGCCAGCCUGAUGACAGCAGAGACCUGCGCCAAGUUGGAGCCUGAGGAUGCCGAUGAGACAGUGGAUGUGACAGGCAGUGAGCCGGAGCGGACAGCGAGCGAGUACCAGGUGGCACCGUACCCAGCAGCCAGCCCUGAAAACGUCUAUGAGACUUCUGCACGUCUCCUCUUCAUGGCGGUGAAAUGGGCCAAAAACCUGCCUGUCUUCUCCAAUUUGCCCUUCCGUGACCAGGUGAUCCUGUUGGAGGAAGCGUGGAGCGAGCUGUUCCUGCUCUGUGCCAUCCAGUGGUCCAUGCCUCUGGAGAGCUGCCCGCUGCUGGCUGUCCCUGAGCCGGGCCCUGGGAAGCUGCUGCCAGCUGCCUUGGAUGUCCGGGCACUGCAGGAGACCCUUGGCCGCUUCAAGGCACUGGCUGUUGACCCCACUGAAUUUGCCUGCAUGAAGGCUGUGGUGCUCUUCAAACCAGAGACCCGAGGCCUGAAGGACCCUGAACAGGUGGAGAACCUGCAGGACCAGUCCCAGGUGAUGCUGGGCCAGCACAACCGUUCUCACUACCCUGGGCAACCUGUCAGGUUCGGGAAGCUGCUGCUGCUCCUUCCAGCACUGCGCUUCAUCUCCUCUGAGCAUGUGGAGCUGCUCUUCUUCCGCCGCACUAUCGGCAACACCCCCAUGGAGAAGCUGCUGUGUGACAUGUUCAAGAACUGA